AUGUUUAAACGCGCUAGAUCCGGCGGUGAUGAACCGCCCUCGAAGCGGCAGUGCACGAUUGACGUUCAAGCGAACCAGGCAGUACCACCGGCGCUGUACGAUAAUGGUGCAUGGGUGAUCCUGUCCAAAUUCCUCACAACAUCGAUGUCUCUAUCCGAGGUAGACGACGCGCACAUAGCGUACCUGGGCGAUCGAUACUUAGUAGACGACUGGGUGGAACCUCGACGUCUCCUCUUCUCCGGCGACGAGGAUAACGCCAAAUCCUUGGAGAACUUUACCAAGCUUUGGAAGACUUACAUACCCUCUUCACCAGAAGAGUCUUCCGUUUGUAUACCUACACCGAGGUCGAACGUCUACUCGUCAAGAUCACGUACUCAAAAAUCACACAAAUUAUCCAAGGCAGCCUCCAAGUUCAUUGCUGAUAAGGCCGAUGUCGGUGACGACGAUGAAGACGAAGACGAAGACGAGUAUGGUGAAGAUUCGGAUGGACCUUCUACACAGUCGCCAAUGGUUACAAGCUUGCCAGGAAUGUCGGCGAAACGAAGACUGGCAGCGACCUUUGACGAUAUGGCAACUCGGUUCGAACAGCUGUUUGCCUCGUCAAGAUCUCGCCCAUAG